GUGUGGGGUCCACUUUAUGGCAGCGAGGUGUGGGGUCCACUUUAUGGCAGUGAGGUGUGGGGUCCACUUUAUGGCAGCGAGGUGUGGGGUCCACUUUAUGGCAGCGAGGUGUGGGGUCCACUUUAUGGCAGAGAGGUGUGGGGUCCACUUUAUGGCAGUGAGGUGUGGGGUCCACUUUAUGGCAGCGAGGUGUGGGGUCCACUUUAUGGCAGUGAGGUGUGGGGUCCACUUUAUGGCAGCGAGGUGUGGGGUCCACUUUAUGGCAGCGAGGUGUGGGGUCCACUUUAUGGCAGCGAGGUGUGGGGUCCACUUUAUGGCAGCGAGGUGUGGGGUCCACUUUAUGGCAGCGAGGUGUGGGGUCCACUUUAUGGCAGCGAGGUGUGAGGUCCACUUUAUGGCAGCGAGGUGUGAGGUCCACUUUAUGGCAGCGAGGUGUGAGGUCCACUUUAUGGCAGAGAGGUGUGAGGUCCACUUUAUGGCAGCGAGGUGUGAGGUCCACUUUAUGGCAGUGAGGUGUGAGGUCCACUUUAUGGCAGCGAGGUGUGAGGUCCACUUUAUGGCAGCGAGGUGUGGGGUCCACUUUAUGGCAGCGAGGUGUGGGGUCCACUUUAUGGCAGCGAGGUGUGGGGUCCACUUUAUGGCAGCGAGGUGUGGGGUCCACUUUAUGGCAGCGAGGUGUGGGGUCCACUUUAUGGCAGCGAGGUGUGGGGUCCACUUUAUGGCAGUGAGGUGUGGGGUCCACUUUAUGGCAGUGAGGUGUGGGGUCCACUUUAUGGCAGUGAGGUGUGGGGUCCACUUUAUGGCAGUGAGGUGUGGGGUCCACUUUAUGGCAGCGAGGUGUGGGGUCCACUUUAUGGCAGCGAGGUGUGGGGUCCACUUUAUGGCAGCGAGGUGUGGGGUCCACUUUAUGGCAGUGAGGUGUGGGGUCCACUUUAUGGCAGCGAGGUGUGGGGUCCACUUUAUGGCAGCGAGGUGUGGGGUCCACUUUAUGGCAGUGAGGUGUGGGGUCCACUUUAUGGCAGUGAGGUGUGGGGUCCACUUUAUGGCAGUGAGGUGUGGGGUCCACUUGCAAAACAAGAUUUAAUCAAAUGGGACAAACACCCCAUUGAAACCCUACAUGCAGAGUUUUGUAAGAUUCUCCUACAUGUCCAGAGGGAAACUACAAACAAUGCAUGCAGGGCAGAAUUAGGCCAA